AUGACACUGAACAGCGGUCAACGCUUGCCAAAUGAGAUUAUCAUCCACAUUCUGAACUUUUGUAACGUGCACACUCUACGGGUUAUGGAAACCGCAAGUAAGGAGAUGCGGCAAUUAGUAAACGUCGCAUUCCAAACCCUGGCACUUAGUAUAUGGCCUGAUGAGUAUACGAAAGAGCUGCUGGAGUUGACAACGCAGGAAGACCCGGCUGCAUUUUACGUUCCGUACAGCAAUCAGAAUAUGAUAGUCCAAUCUGUAUGGAGAAGAUAUUACGAUCAUCGAACUGUGUGGUCAUCAAAUGGUAAACACAUCAGUCACAGUCGAGGAGGCUCCUAUUACGAGACAGACUGGACGAAUUUACACGGAUUGUCGUUCUUGAUGAAAGAGAAGACAAGAGUAUUAGAAUAUCAUUUUGCAGAAGCUAUUCGCUUAAUUGAAGAGAACAGAAGGAAAUGAAUAUUUAUUUUGGCUGCAGAAGCAACAUUGUACUGAAUAAACAAUGCGAGAAAAGAAACUGAUUCCUUGCCAG